AUGCAAACACCACCAGCCAUCACAGACUCACCUUCCUUGUCCAUAUCCAACAAGCCCAACAAACCGCUGGCCCACAAGCUGAGCAAAGUACUCAACUCGUCUGCCUCAGAGGAUGCCAGAAUAAAGGCAGCGCUGGCCUCGCUAUCCAACAUACCUGACUUAGACGAGACGAACCUAGGACGCAACUUACGAGGCACGAUUGAAAAGAAAGAGAUUGAAACCAACCGCAAGUUUCUGUUUGCAUUUGAAAAAGUAGUCAAGCAAUUCGAAUGCUUGGAAACACAGAUGGGACAGAUGGAGAGCGUAUGCAAAGACAUGAAACAGCGUAUUGUCAAGGCAGAAUUACUGACAGCAGAUAUGAUUGAACAAGCUAAUAUUAUGCAAGAGCACAGUGAUGCUUGUUCAACGCAGAUUGCCGUGGUGGACAGAUUUCUAGCUAAAUUCACCUUGAGCGAACAAGAGAUCAAGAUACUCAGCAACAUGUCAGAGCCUGUGGAUGAGGAGUUUUUCGAUGCACUGCAGCAUUUACAGCAAAUCCAUAGCGACUGUCAGCUACUGUUGACUACAAAGAACCAAACAGCUGGUCGAGAUAUUAUGGAGUCAAUGGCACUUUAUCAGGAAAACGCUUACGGCAAGCUAAACAAAUGGACUCAGUACGAGAGCAGAACAUGUUUUGGUGGCGAUAGCAUUGACGUGAGCUCGCUGAUGACAAAAGCACUGAGAGCACUAAUGCUUCGACCCGUGCUAUUUCAAACUAUAUUGGAUCAAAUCGCAUCAGCUCGACAUGAUGCAGUAGCAAGAGCCUUUCUAAACGCACUUACAAAAGGCGGUCCAGGAGGCACACCUCGCCCGAUAGAACUUCAGGCACCAGAUCCGCUACGAUACAUUGGAGACAUGUUGGCAUGGGUGCAUCAGACAUGUGCAUCAGAAAAGGAGAUGCUGGAGAGCUUGUUUCAGCGCAACGUAGAGAAAUAUGAGGAUGUCAGCGGUAUCACAGUCAAAGUGUCUGAUACAAUCAGCGACCUGUUGGAUUGCGCUAUGGAAGGCACUUGUAGACCGCUGAAAUCUCGCAUGGAGCAAGUGCUUGUACUACAGCCUGGCGCUAUUACAUCCUACAAAGUGGCAAACUUGAUACAAUUCUAUACAAUGACAUUGAGCAAACUGAUGAGAAAGAAUACGACGCUGGAAAGAAUUUUAUAUGAAAUGACUGAGCUCGCGUACAAGUACUUUUUCAAGACAUUGAAUGCCCAAGCAGAUAGAUUAAUGCAAUCCACAGAGGCACCAAAUAGAAGUUUAUCCAUUGCGCCUACAGUACGAGACAUGACGACUCAGCUAAAAGAAAUCCUAGCGUCGUAUGAUUCAUCCUUGAUAGUUGCAACAAACAGCACUGAAGGUUUCCCUGAAUUUGACUUUUCAGAGACACUGGAUGCUAUUAUAGAGCCACUUUUAAACACUUGUGAACUAUCCGUCGCCAAGCUCAGCAAGAUAGAUCAAGACAUUUACAUGGUGAAUUGCUUGUAUCAUAUCCAGACUGCCAUGAUGCCAUACGAAUUUACACAACAAAAGCGAGACAAUGUCAUUGCACGCAUGAAUGAUUUGUUAGACGAUAUGGCCCAAGAAGAGUACAACAAACUGAUAGAGCAAGCAGGACUAACUCAAAUCAAGGACACCUUGGCGACGAAAAAUGCAGAGACACCGCUGUCAACAUUACCUCACAUGGAUGCAGACUCACUUGCUCAAGCCAUGUCGAAAUUCGACUCUUUCCUUGUAUUGACUAGCGCCGAUGUAUCGCCACAAUUAGAGAAACUGUCAUCAAGACAGCAUUGUCAGCAAGUCCAAUCAGGCGCCAUUCGACUGCUGCUGGAUACCUACCGUGAUAUUAGUAAAGCCAUUGAGGAUCCAAGCAACGGGUACGAACACCCUGAUCUUAUACUGCCACGAACGGUGGAGGAUAUGGAAGCUAUUUUUUCAUUUGCAUUGUAA